AUGUUUGAAGCUAGACUUUCUAGUGGAGGUAUAUUAAGGCGAGUAUUUGAAGCUAUUACAAACUUAGUUACUGAUGUUAAUCUAGAAUGUAAUGAGAGUGGCAUCACUAUUCAAGCUAUGGACAAUAGUCAUGUGUCUCUUGUUGCCCUAUAUAUUAAGGACAUAGCUUUUGAACGUUAUAGAUGUGAUAGAAGUCGUACUCUUGGUUUAAAUACCCAAAACGUUGUAAAACUAUUGAAGUUAUGUUCUAGUGAUGAUCAGGUUCUAUUACGUCAUGAUGAUGACUCAGAAAGUCUAAUAUUUAUCUUUGAAACUCCAAAUGGUGAUAGAAUUUCUGAAUUUGAGCUAACUCUAAUUUCUAUUGAUCAAGAUAGUCUACAAAUCCCUGAAACAAGUUUUUCAUCUAUUGUAAGUAUGCCAUCUAAUGAAUUUCAAAGGUUAUGUAGGGAUAUGGCUCAAUUUUCAGAUUCUUUAUCAAUUGAUAUUAAUAGAAAAAAUGUACGUUUCUUUACAAAAGGUUCACUUGGUUCGGGUAGUGUAGUCUUAAGACCUAAAGAUGGAGCUGAUACUGAGGCUGUUGCAUUAGAUGUAACAGAACCAUGUCAAUUAGUUUUUUCAUUACGUUAUCUUAAUAAUUUUGCUAAAGCAACACCUUUAAGUAAUAGUGUAAAAUUAAGUAUGAGUGAAAAUCAACCUUUAGAACUUGAAUAUUCUUUAGAGGGAAGUGGUUCUGGUUAUUUGAGAUUCUAUCUUGCUAGGAAAAUAACUGAGGAUGAAGAACAAGAAUAG